GGGGCCGCUGCGCUCUUAAGGGCGGUUGGGCAAGGCUAGCUCAGACGAGUCAGCGCCGGUCGCCGAGGUAGGUCUCUGUUGCUGAACCGCUCUCCGGCCCUCUGCCGCCAUGGCCUGCAGACCUCGAAGCCCACCCCGGUAUGGGAGCCGCCGCGACGAUGGUGCAAGCCCGCGGUCUCCUGCGAGAUGGAGCCUCGGACGGAAGCGCAGAGCGGACGGAGGGGACCGGAAGCCCGAGGACUCCGAGGAAAGCGAUCGCCAGAUUGCGGACCGUCGACCUGAAAGCUUUACAACUCCUGAAGGCCCUAAGCCCCGUUCUAGAUGUUCUGACUGGGCAAGUGCAGUUGAAGAAGAUGAAAUGAGGACCAGAGUUAACAAAGAGAUUGCAAGAUACAAGAGAAAACUACUCAUAAAUGAUUUUGGAAGAGAGAGAAAGUCAUCAUCAGGAAGUUCUGAUUCAAAGGAGUCUGUGUCUUCAGUGCCAGCUGAUGUGGAGACAGAUGAAAGUGUCUUGAUGAGAAGACAGAAGCAGAUCAACUAUGGGAAGAACACUAUUGCCUAUGAUCGAUAUAUUAAAGAGGUCCCCAGACACCUGCGACAACCUGGAAUCCAUCCCAGGACUCCUAACAAAUUUAAGAAGUAUAGUCGACGGUCAUGGGAUCAACAGAUCAAACUCUGGAAGGUGGCUCUGCAUUUUUGGGAUCCUCCUGCUGAAGAAGGAUGUGAUUUGCAAGAAAUACAACCUGUAGAUCUUGGGGAAAUGGAGACAGAAUUUACAGAAAGCAGCUCUGAGUCCCAGACAAGUUCACAGGAUAACUUUGAUAUGUAUGCUGGCACACCCACCAAAGUCAGACAUGUAGACUGCCAAGUGGAGGACGAGUUUGAUUGGAUGCUUGUUUAACUGAAUCCUUGAGAGACUUCUCUGCCAUGAGUUAACUGCCACCUGGUGGCAACUCUUGGAAAUACUUGGCUCUGCCUGGCCAUCUGGAAGACUGGCUAAGCACGAACUCUGUGCAUUUGUAUUUGUUUUCUCUGUUAAAGAGUUUAUUUUCUCAUGAUAAAUUGUUUUUCUUGCCUUA